AUGUGUUUGCACUUGGAGUGGACCUGAUCAGUAUAACAAGACACAUCACACCGAAGACUGUGCAGCAGGGAGGAGAGAAUUGAAGAUAACAAUGGAGAAACUGUUCCCUCUCGCUUUGCUGUUAGCCACUGUGCUCCUCAGUGCAAUAGACAGUGUUAACGGGUUGCCUGGCUCAGCCAGACCCACACUUGAUCCAAUUCGUACCAGUUUACUGGAUGAAAUCCACCACAACUUCACAGUAAAGCACGGCUACCAUCUCUCACAGUCAAAUACAGAUUUCGCCCGGCGCCUGUUCUCAAAGAUUAACAGUCAAGGGACUUCAAAGAAUCAUUUCUUCUCCCCACUAAGCAUCUCAGAAGCUCUGGCUAUCGUGUCACUGGGCACAAGGUCCAACACUAAGGAGCAGCUCUGUAAGGCUCUGGGUUACACAAACACCAGCAUCCCACAACCCUUAGUUCACGAAGCGUUCAAACUCCUUCUGGAGCUCUUGACAAAUGAAAGAGAUAGUUUGGUGUCGAUGGGAUGCUCUAUGUAUGUACAGGAUGGAUUCAGGCUGGAGAAGAAAUUUGUUCACGACGCAAAGAGUUACUAUCAAGCGGACACAUUCAAUGUCGAUUUCAGAGCCACAGAAAAUGCCAAACAACAGAUCAAUGCUUAUGUGAGGAACAAGACACACGGCAAAAUUGAAGAAAUCUUUAAAACUAUCAAUCCGGACUCUGUGUUGGUAAUUGUUAACUACAUAUUCUUCAAAGGUAGUUGGUUGAAACCUUUCGAUCCUCGAAAUACUCGAACCGAUGAUUUCUAUGUGGACGCCUCAACUACAGUCAAAGUUCAGAUGAUGAGCAGGAUUGGUUCAUAUUACGCGAAGCAAGAAAGAGAUCUGUUCAGCUUUGUGGUUCUGCUUCCCUACAAGGGAAAUGCCUCAAUGGUCUUGCUUUUGCCAGACGAAGGAAAAAUGAAUGCGUUGGAAGAGAAUUUCAGCGUUUCGAAAUUUCUAUCAGUGGUACAGUCGCUAACCACAGGAUAUAUUGAACUGCAAAUCCCCAAGUUCUCACUGAAGGUAUCUUAUAAGCUUAAAGAUACACUGAUGAAACUGGGCAUCACAGACCUGUUUGACAGUCAAGCAGACCUGUCUGGGAUUAGUACAUCCCAACCUCUGAAGGUUACACAGAUCGUCCACGAGGCAGUUCUGGAAGUCGAUGAAAUAGGAACCGUAGCUGCGGCAGCCACUGGUGCUGAAAUGAUACCAACGGCAAUCUUUCCACGGCAUAAAUUUAACAGACCUUUCAUUCUAAUCAUUGUCGAGCACAAAACCAAGAGUGUCCUUUUUACUGGAAAAGUGAUGAACCCCACUGAAAGCGUAAACAUUUCGGGACGAAUGAAGCUGAAAAUGAGACUUCUCUUCCUUUUGAUAUCUGGUGUGUUCAUGAUGAGUGCAGUAGCAGAUCGACGCCGUUUUCAAAGGCCACCCGGUGAAAGAGCGAAUCCUAAACCUAAACAAUUCCCCCAACAACGAGAUUCUUUUCAUUUGCAAGACUUUGAAUAUCGUGAGGAAGCGAGCAUGGUCCCGCCAACAGAGCAAUCAAUUAUUGAUACAGAAACCAUCCAUAUGUUCACUGAGAAGAAUACAGAAUUUGGCUUUAAUCUCUUCAGGAAAAUAGCCAACCUGCAUGAGGACAAUGUAUUCAUUUCACCCAUCACUGUCUCCUCAGUCUUCGCCAUGUUGUCUCUUGGUGCUGAACAAGAUACAUAUAAUGAAAUACUGAAGGGCAUCAAUCUGCAAGACCUGGGGAGGAACACACACCAAGACCUGUUGCACAUUUUGUUUCAGUGGCUAUGGAACAACAUGACCCAAAACCAUGAGGUGCCUCUCUCACAGGGCAGUGACCUGUUUGUACAGGAUAACCUAGAAUUGAAGCCAACUUUCCUCAACAGGAGCCGUCACUUUUACAAUGUCAAAGUUACCCCAGUGAACUUCCAACAGACGUCUCUUACCAAAGAUAUUAUCAACCAGCACAUCUACAACAAAACCAAUGGAAAAAUUCAUAGGUUUUUAGAGUCUGUUGAUAGUGACAGCAAACUCAUGCUUAUUAAUUACAUCUUAUUCAAAGGCAGUUGGGUGGCUCCUUUUAAUCCAAAUUUUACUGAAGAUGGAACAUUUUAUGUGAACACGUACAUCAAGGUCAAUGUUCCAAUGAUGUUCAAAGAAGAUUAUUUUUUGGUAACACAUGACAAAACCCAUUCCUGCACAAUUUUGAAGCUUCCGUACAAAGGAAGUGUAAGCAUGUUGAUCUUGGUACCAAAGGAUGCAGAGUAUCUACUUCUGGAAGAUGAGCUCAGAGCUGAACUGAUCGAGAAGUGGAUCGAAGACCUGCACCCCAGAAAAAUGGAACUUUAUUUUCCAAAAUUUAAGCUGGACAAGUCAUACAAAAUAGCCAAGAAGUUCAGGCAGUUGGGAAUCACAACACCAUUCAUGAACACUGCAAACUUCUCCGGAAUUUCCUCAACCGAACAGCUGAAGAUUUCUCAGGUGUUUCACAGGGCAGUGAUUGAAGUAAACGAGAGAGGAACCGAAGCUGCUGCUGUUACUGCUGUUACAGCGACAGCUUAUUCCCUACCGAAAAUACUAAGAGUGGAACACCCAUUCCUUUUCAUAAUUUACGAAGAAACGACCAAGACAGUGCUGUUUAUUGGAAGAGUGAAAGAUCCCACAAAGUUUUAAUGAUCUUCUAGCAUUAUGGCAUCUCUGAUGCUGCGAAUAUUAGUGAUGCUGUUUAAUGUCGUGCUCAGAACGGUUGUGAAUUGUCAAUAUCUUAAUACAAAUUAAGUGUAUUUCACAUAUUUCGAUUCGGAAUAGUAUUUCACACCUAUGCAAGUUUAUUUUAACCUAAAAUACAACUAUUUGAGCCACGCGAAUUGCAGGGUCAGGUCACCUCGGAUUUCCUCAUCUUUGCCAAGACAGCAAACCGCACUCAUUCUUUAUUUUAUUUCACUAUAAAAUCAGCCAGAAAAUAAUUUUAUAAAACUGUUCACUGGAAUUUGUGUUACUGUGCUACCAUGUUGUAGUUUUUUCUAAAAAAAUUUUGUCACUUGUGAUGGAUUACAUUGCACCACAAGAAACACCAUAUAGUGAAUUAUGGUUACAUCACAUUGCUUCAACAUUAAUUGAUUUGAAAUGUUUUAUUCAAUGCUAGUGUUUAAAUUAUCAAACCCCAUCCAAGAAAGAUGUUGUUUCCUUUUCAGCUCCCAGCGUUUGCUAGUUGUAGUGGGUGAUUUUUAGUUUGUAAAUUUUAGGCCCUGGAUUGGGUUGUAAGUUAGUUUUUUUGGCAAAGGAGAGUGUGAAUAUCAGCUCUCAGCAGAUAAUUGUUGGAAGGAAAUAUGUAACAAAAUAAAUCUACAAUUUCUUACAUUCUUAAGCCACCCAGGCCAUCAAAUCUCGUUUGUAUUGUAACAAUAUUCAUGAAUAUAUUAAACAUGUGCCAACAA